AUGAUGCGCAAGGAAGCGAGCGGGGCGACCGGCGGGACCGAGGUCGCGCUGGACGCCGCCGACUGCCUCACGCUGCAGCAGAUCCUCCGGGCUUUCAACUCUAACAUCAGCGAGGAGCAUGCUUGGGCGCUGUUCUACCAGGUCUCGCGCUGCUACCAGAAAUGCUUAGACGAGGGAAACGCUUACUAUUUACCCACGGAACUGGCCCACGUCUUGUUGCACAAGGACGGCACGGUGCACCCUAGCACGCUGCUGCAUACAGGAGAUGACAGCAGCAGAGAAAAAGUUAAGACAGAACAUGAGCUUGUAGUAAAUUUGGCCAUCGUGGUAUACCAUGCGCUGGAUUACACGCACGGAGAGGAUGAGGAGCGCCUCAUAUCUCCCGAUCUCGAAGGACUCAUCACGGAGAUGACUGCCGGCAAUAUAACUGAGGAUGAUGAGGAAAUCGGGGCUUUAUCAGAAGGUUCAGAAACGUCUGAAGGAGGUCGCGCGGAUACAGACGAUGAGGGUAUUGAAAGGGACGCUGAACCACCACCAAGACGACGCCGACCUGUGAGGCGGUUUAUGUUGAAGGACGUUAUAGAGGCGCGCUUCUGGAUGCAAGUGAUUGGGGAACUUCGGAUGGGAGUGAAGCUCAAGAAAGUUAACUAUUCAAGAACACCGAUAGAAUAUGAAUUGACUCCAUAUGAAAUACUCAUGGACGACAUUAGAUCUAGGCGGUAUACAUUAAGGAAAGUCGAUGGGGCGAUACCGCAAAGUGUCAAGAAGGACGCGCACGCGAUGAUACUCGAAUUCAUUAGAAGUAGGCCGCCACUCAAAAAGGCCUCAGAACGCAAGUUACCACCACCGCGACGAGAGGUGACGCCGCGAGAACAGCUGCUGGCGUCCAUACAAGUUGGCAGGCAACUAAGGCCUACUCCUUACUCACGGCGGUUAUGUAAGUACAAUUAUAAA